UUUAUUUAUUUGAAAAAGUCACAAAAAUUCAAAAAGAAAGAUAUGAAAAGCGAGUAAUUAAAUGCCCAUUUGUAAAGACAAGGUCCCAGCCGCAGCUAAAAUCCAGCUCUCCAUACAUAUACACUCCUUCACACAAAUUUCUCUCUAUCAAUGGAGAUUUUUCAGAAGGCGAAGGCGGUUCGUUUACGUAGUCACCACGACAAGUACCUAAUCGCCGACGAAGACGAAGAAUCCGUCACUCAAGACCGUAACGGCUCAGCAGGCGCAGCAAAAUGGACCGUCGAGCAAGUCCCUGGCUCCUCCAAUCUCAUCCGCCUCAAAAGCGCUUACGGCAAAUACUUAACGGCGUCAAACAAACCGUUCCUCCUCGGAGCCACCGGGAAAAAAGUCCUCCAGUCAAAUCCUAGCCGUCUCGACUCGUCUCUAUCUUGGGAACCGGUACGAGACGCUGCUUUAGUCAAGCUCAAGACUCGGUACGGUCACUACCUCCGCGGUAACGGCGGUUUGCCUCCGUGGAGAAACUCCGUCACUCACGACAUCCCUCAUAGAUCCGCGACUCAGGAUUGGAUUCUCUGGCACAUUGACGUCGUCGAGAUUCUCUCCGAUCAACACCACCACCAACCGCAACCACCGUCUCCGCUUCACCAUUCCGAUUCUCUCGAUUUCGCACCUGGAUCUCCUUCUAGAUCUGACCAUUUCUUCAGACAAGAGUCAACGGAUUCAGUGGCGGUUGGAUCGCCGCCGAAAUCGGAAGGGAGAGUGAUAUACUACCACGUGGCGGACGAUGACGGCGAGGUUGAAGAUGAUUCAGUUGAGGUAAGCUCGUUUACUUUCAAAGGCAACGGCGUUGAAGAGCUGACGAAGAGAUUGAAAGAAGAGAGCAAUGUGGAAGACGUUAUCGUUUGUACUCGUAGUCCAUUGAACGGGAAGCUUUUCCCGCUGCGUCUUCAGCUUCCGCCGAACAAUGCCGACAUGACCGUCGUCUUAGUCCCAAUCUCAUCGAAAAUAGCAGAAGAGUUCAUCAAGUGAGGAGGAUGUGUGUAUGUUUGAAGACUAUAGCUGCAAUUGAUUUGUUGUUAGUUUCAGCUGUAAGAUUGGAUUUGCCUUGAUUACAAAACUUACAAUUUAUACAAAAAAAUUGGUUUUUUCCCCUUUUUAUGCUUAAUCUCAUUGUUACCAGUAGUCUGAACAAGAACAGGACCCGUCUUUGAAGUGAUGGAAUCGAACACGAUCUCUCACAAUGAUCUCAGUGUUGAAGACUUUCGAAAUGAGUUUAGUAACCUCAUGGCAAUCAUUGCAGACGCGUAGAUUCUUGAAUACACGGAUUGGAGUUUGAGGUGGUAAGCUUAUCAGACCAAAAGCGAUAGCGAGUCUCUCGCUGUGCAGCCUUAGGGAACACUCUUUGCUGCUACUGUCGUCGACUAAAGGCGCUUGAGAUCCGUCCGGUGAAUAACCGAUCGAUCUCAGCUUCUCCUCGACCACUUUCAGCUGUUGGUAUAUCUGUUUCGUCUGAGGAUGCGACGUGUCUCCGGCGAAAAACUCGUGGGAGACGCCGUUUAUCUCGAUGGAACUGCAUCCUGGCUCUUUUCGAACUCCGUGUUCAGUCAUUAGCUUUCUGACGAUCCCAACAUCGUUCCACCGGCUCGCCGAUGCGUAGACCCUAGACAACAGAACAUAUGCGCCACUUGAACUUUGGUCGUCCUCUUCCCUUGUUUCAUCAAGCACCCGUGUAGCGAUUUCUUCGCUUAGCUCUACACUAGCACCCUUUUUGCAACAAGCGUCAAGGAGACUUCUCCAAAUCACUGCAUCUGGUUUCAUCGGCAUGCUCAUUAUUACAUCGAGAGCUUCAAUGAUGUAGCCUGCACGGGCUAUUAAGUCGAUGAUGCAACCGUAAUGCUCCAACGCAGGUUCGAUGCCGUAAUCUCUGACCAUCAUGUCGAAGUACAUGCGUCCUUUGUUUACCAUCCCACGGUGGUUGCAAGCUAUGAGGAUGGCAACGAACGUCACUGAGUUCGGUUUAACAUUCUCGCUUUUUCUCACCAUACGGUCGAAGCAAUCUAGAGCUUCUUGAGCUCUUCCGUGUGUAGCAAAACCUAGAAUCAUUGCGUUCCAUGAAGCCAAGUCGCGUUUUUGCAACCCGUUGAACACUUGCUCAGCCAUUCUCAAUGACCCGCAUUUGCAGUACAUUUCGAUCAACGAGUUCUUGAUCAGAACAUCCAUAGCAACAAAAUUGAAGACAUCGCGUUUUCGCAGCAGAAACGCGUGUGCCCAAGCGCCUAGCGACAAAGAUCCGAGACCAGCACACGCGCUCAGAACACUCUGCAUCGUGUAACCAUCCGGUUCGAAGGAUUUCUGCAUCUCUCUAAACAUCUCCAACGCCGAACCAUACUCCCCGUCACGAACCAGAGCAUCGAUCAUCGAGUUCCACGAGACAAGACUUCUCUCAGGCAUUUCAUCAAACACCUUCUUUGCUAAAUCUAAACAUCCACAAGACCCGUACAAAUGAAUCAAACCGUUGUUCACAUACACAUCUCCACUAAGCCCGUGUUUAACAAUCUGACAAUGAACCUGUUUCCCUUCGGAUAAUCCGAAUAUAUAAGCGCAAGCUUUCAAGACAAACGGAAACGUGUGUUUAUCCGGUGACGAUUUUCCUCUCUCUAACAUUUUCCGGUAAAGCAGGAAGGCUUCUUCUUUCCUUGAAACGUCGUGUGCACAUGCUCUGAUGAGUGUGUUCCACAUGAAUGAGCUAUGGUUUUCUUGGAUCGAAUCGAAGAGACGGAAUGCGUAAUUGACGUCGGAGAAGGAGGAAGAAAGCUGGAGGAUUCUGCCGUAGAGAAACAGAGUGGCGGUUUCGUCAGGGUAAGUGGUACGGAGAGUGAAGGCGUGAAGCUGCUUGAGCUGAGACAUGUUUGAGCAUGUUUCGGACAAGGAGAGAACGUGUCGGUGAUGGUUACCGGCGGCGGAGAAUGAAGGAGCUCCAGUGGAAGUGGGAGUUGCAGGUGGGACAUGGGGAGACAAUGGGUGGAGCAGAAGUCCGAUAGACAUUGGAUGAUAAGUUCGGAGUUCGAAGUGAAAACGAUAACUGUACAAAUAUUUUAUAAUUUUAAGUUUGAAUGUUCAUCCAAAAAUUAAAAUUCCCCUAUAAAAUUUGGGAAAAAUACUUAUUUAAUUCAU